UGAGAGCUAGCAGGCCGCAUUCGGUAAUAUCAGCCACAAGUUAUAUCAUUUUUAGGCUUUUAACUGCAGUGAUCUAACAAGAUAAUUGUCCAAGAAAAUGGCCGCCAACCUAAUUGAAACGGAGGCUACGUGCAAGAAUGACAGAAUAAGCGAAUUACGAGCUUUUGAUGACACAAAAGCUGGUGUCAAAGGCUUAGUUGAUGCUGGUAUUACCAAGGUACCAAGAAUAUUCAUUCAACCACCAGAUGAUUUCGACAGGAAAUCCAAUCCACAAUUUGAGUUUCCGUUGAUAGACCUCGAAGGUUUUCGUGAUGAUCCUAAUGGGCGAAAAGAGAUAAUUGACAAAGUUCGAGAUGCAGCAGAGACAUGGGGUUUCUUCCAGGUGAUCAAUCAUGGGAUCCCAGAUAGUGUUUUGGAGGAAAUGUUGAAUGGAGUGAGGAGGUUCUUUGAACAAGAUACAGAGGUCAAGAAAGAAUGGUACACCCGAGAUUACUCGAAAACUGUAGUAUAUAACAGCAAUUUUGACUUGUAUAGUGCCCCGUCAGCCAACUGGAGGGACACCCUUUUCUGUCAAAUGGCUCCUCAUCUUCCAAACCAUGAUGAAUUGCCCUCUGUAUGCAGAGAUAUUAUGAUAGCGUUUAUCAAGCAUGUUUUGAAGCUGGGAAGUUGUUUGUUUCAAAUAUUGUCUGUUGCUCUUGAUCUAAAACUGGAUCACCUCGAAGACAUGGGAUGUGCUAAGGGGCUUGCUCUCCUGUGCCAUUACUAUCCUGUGUGCCCUCAGCCUGAACUGACUCUGGGCACUAGCCAGCAUGCUGAUAGUGAUUUCCUCACAGUCUUACUAAACGACCAGGUUAGCGGCCUCCAAGUUCUCCAUCAAAACCAGUGGGUUGAUGUUCCUCCGGUUCGUGGAGCUCUUGUAGUCAAUAUUGGAGAUCUUCUACAGCUCGUAUCAAACGACAGGUUUUUCAGUGCAGAACACAGAGUACUUGCAAACAAUGUUGGUCCAAGAAUUUCAGUGGCAUGUUUCUUUAGAAGUGAUCUAUCAGCAUCUCCAAAGCUUUAUGGACCAAUUGAAGAACUUCUAUCAGAAGAUAAUCCUCCAAAGUACAGAGCAACUACUAUGAAAGAUUACCUGACCUACUUCAACACAAAAGGGCUGGACGGAACUUCUGCACUGUUGCAUUACAGGAUUUAGAGUUGAAACAAGGGAAUAUAUGACGAAAAUUCGUUCAGGCUCUAAAUUUUUAGAAACAAACUGGAAAAAUAUCUAGGAAUAACCAAAGGGAAUAACCCAAUUUAUAGUUACAAUAAAACUGCUCUAUAAAUGAACUCAUGCAAAUCAAGAAAAUCGCAAGACCGCCUAGUUUUUGUGAAGUUAUGAGAUCAGAUGUAUUACAUAACAUAUAUUUUAGGACAAACUUUAUGUCAAUUUCUGUGUUGUUCUCUUCA